AUGGUAGCGCGUCUGACUCCAGAUCAGAAGGUUGCGUUUUCAACCCACACUCAGACUCAGACGCAAUGCUUCUCUGGGCUACAACACCAAGUCCAGUUUCACGGCAUAAACCAGUUUCACGGCAUAAACCUCAGCGUCACGGUGACAAAGAGAGCCGCUGAGGUUGAUCAAUGGGUCAACGAGGUUGUCUACAACAACCGCCAUGUCCUCCACAGCCUCAUCGUCGGGAAAAGCUGUCUGAUUUUUCAACUUUUGCACAAGGACUACACUCCCCAGUCUCUCCUCGCCUUCCUGGCUAAUCCCAGAUUCAUCUUCGUCGGCGUUGGGGUCCGAGAUGACGCCGAGAAGCUCUUCCGGGACCAUGGGUUGGUGGUGGAAAACGUUGCGGAUUUGCGGUGGGUGGCCGCGGGGGUUUACGGCUCGGAGCAGUUCAUGAGGAUGGGGUUGAAGAGAAUGGCGUGGGAAGUUCUGGGGAGGGUGAUGGAGAAGCCCUUGGAGGUGACUCUCAGCGAUUGGGAUGCCAAAACUCUUACUUUUCCCCAAAUUGAAUAUGGUUCCAUUGAUGCAUUUGUUUCUUUAGAAAUUGGUAUCAAUUUGUUCUUACACAGCUAUAUACCAUUUAGUUGUUGA